UGCGAAUCGGUGAGUGACGCCUGUUACAGCAGCUCCGUCGCUUCCUUAGCGGUUGAAAUGGUCUAUAAAUAUGCAAUAAAGUCCCUUGUAGAUCCAAUAACCAGCACUGACGCCCCUAGCGUUGUCCGCCAGGAGCCAAGCCCUGUAUAGUCGUCGUCUUCCCUCUUCUUCGUCGUCGAUUCUUCGUUCCGAUCAUGGAUCGGGUUCUCCGCAUGGUCCGAAGUCGUCCAUGAACGGUGAGAUUGCCCAGAUGUGGGUCACCUCUCGAGAGAAGUUUGGCUCCAUGUACAGUGUGGAGAAAUUAGAAGUAGGGUUUUGAAGAGAUGUAGGAGAGGUCGAGGGUUGGAGAGAGAUCGAGGAAGGGAGAUGAGAUAUAUGACUGCCACAGGUGCGGUGGCGGAGGAGGAGAGGGCGGCGUCGACGGCAUCGGGAGAGAUCCACUUGCCGGCGGAGGUGGACUGGGAGAUGCUCGACAAGUGGCGGUUUUUCGUCCUUGGAGCGGGACUUUUCUCCGGUGUAUCUGCGGCUCUGUACCCGGCGGUGGUCCUCAAGACGCGGAUCCAGGUCGCGCAUCCGCCGCCGCCGUGCCUCCGCGCGGUAGCCUCCAUCCUCCGCCACGAGGGCCCCCGGGGUUUCUACCGUGGAUUUGCGACCUCUCUCGCCGGUACCGUGCCUGCGCGGGCUCUUUACAUGGGCGCGCUUGAGGCCACAAAAAGCGCUGUUGGCACCGCCACCCUUCGCUUCGGGGUCCCUGAGCCUGCUGCUACGGCUGCCGCUUCCGCUGCUGCCGGACUCAGUGCGGCCAUCGCUGCCCAGUUCGUAUGGACGCCUAUCGACGUGGUCAGCCAACGCCUCAUGGUGCAGGGAUCCGCUUCCACCGCUAAGUACCGCGGUGGCGUCGAUGCCUUCAGGAAGAUCCUGUACUCCGAUGGCCUCCGCGGACUCUACCGAGGGUUCGGGAUGUCAAUUCUCACCUAUGCUCCAUCAAAUGCCGUUUGGUGGGCCUCCUACUAUCUUUCUCAGAGACUGAUCUGGAGCGGUAUCGGCUACCACAUUAUCGAAGGCGGCAGUGAGUUAAGGCCGGGAUGCGGGGCUGUGGUUACGGUCCAAGGGUUAAGCGCGGCAGUAGCAGGUGGAGCGUCGGCGGUGGUGACGAUGCCUCUGGACACCAUCAAGACAAGGAUGCAAGUUCUGGAUGGCGAAGGUGAGAGAAUGACAAUUGGACGAACUAUGAGGAGUCUUCUCAGAGAAGGAGGUUGGGGAGCUUGCUACAGAGGUCUCGGUCCAAGGUGGGCUUCGAUGUCAUUAUCUGCCACCACCAUGAUCACCACCUAUGAAUUCUUGAAGAGACUUUCAGCCAAAGAGUCCCCUUGAGGAUUGGAGCAUCUUAGAACAACAUGGUGGUGCUUUUCAAUGGCUUCUAAAGACAGAUGCUUGAUUAACGAGAGCACUGAUAUGAAACACUAGAGAUGAAGCUUAUCAAGGCAAGUGUUUGAUUAAUGAAAGCACUGAUAUGAAAUAUUAGAGGAGAAGAAUAUUAAAUUAGAGAGUGCGGAUGAAAGAAUCAUAAUGGCCUGGAGAUCUUGUAUCAUUGUGGGGCAUUUGUGCGCACAUCAAGUUCUUGUCCUCCCACUCUUCAGAAUUAUGAUUGCUUUUCUUAGCCUGCACUCUUACAUGUCUUCUCCUCUAUUAUCACAAUUUGAAUUAAUGGGCAAUUUAAUAAAUAUAUCUCAUUUCCUGAUCAAA